AUUCCGAAUUUUCUUUUCAAAUACUAGAGAAAGUUGCAAAAUAUUCCCUUUUCUUUUUUUCUUAUCUAAUAUUGGAUAGAUAUUUAUAUUUGAGACCAUUGCAAAUAUAGCAAUAAAGCUUAAAAUUAUAAAUAUAGGAAGCUAAUAGGUGUAUAUCGAUGCUAAAGUCUAUUACGGAAUGAUUUUGUUAAUUUUGUAUGAUUCUUUUAAAAUGUUGAUAGCAAUUACAUUAUAAAUUAUACCGUUGUAUCCAUUUCAAGAUGUUUCUUCUCUCAGAAUGUCCAUAUGGAAGGUAUGUGACUAAUUUUGAAUGCCUAUGGAUUUGUAGUAAUGCCUUAUAUUUUGACAACAACGUAUCUUCACUAAAUUAUAUCUUUAAAUUUGGCUCUUUUAGUUAGAUCUAAUUGAGAGAUGAGAGAUGGUACAUUGGUAUCCUUCUAGUUUUUAUUAAUGCUUUUUCUUAGAGGUAUAUGAAAAGCUACAAUCAAGAUUUUCUUAAAUGAAGGAUGUGAAAUUCUUUAAAGUAAUAAGAAAGAUUGAAGUCUGUACUUGUUUCCUAUAAGUUUUUGUCAUAAUCAUAUUGAUGUAUUAGUAGAUAAUAAGAGUAUUUUUCUGAGGCAUUAAAUAUUCGUUUAAUUAAUUAAUUUGUGACGCACACGUGUGUAUAAAAACGGUCUCGGACAGGCGGAAAGGUCAUCCUCACUUCCGCUUUGAAGUUUUAACGGUCGACUCUUUCUCUAAAACCCUCUUUCACUUUCUUGACGAUGAAGAAAUCUUCAGGGCGUCGAAAGAUUGAGAUCAAAAGGCUUGACAAGAACACUACACGCCAGGUUACUUUCUCAAAACGUCGCGUCGGACUUUUCAACAAGGCAGCCGAGCUUUCCCUUCUCUGCGGCGCUGAGAUCGCCAUACUCCUCUUCUCCUCCCGCGGAAAAGUCUAUACAUUCGGCCAUCCCAACGUCGACGCUCUCCUCGACCGCUUUCUCACUGGAAACUUUCUUCCGCCCAAGCCGGCGGAGGCGUAUCUCCCUCUCCCGGAGUUGAAUCUUGAUCUCUGCAAAGCGGAAGCCGAAUUUGAAAUCGAGAAGAAGCGCGCGGUGGAGAGAUUGAGGAAUAGCGAGCGAUUUUGGUGGGAUGAGGCGCUGGAACGUAUGAGAAUGGAUGAGUUGAAGUCAUUCCGUUCUUCACUGCUCCAACUGAGAGCAAAUGUGGCGGGGAGAUUGGAGAAAAUUCGGGCGAUGAGAAUGGAAGAUCCUCCGGUAACUCCAUCGUGGUCGAUCGUUCUUGGUGGAGAAAAUCAAUGUGCGGCGUCGUUUCACGUGGUGAAAAUCAGUCGUUUGCGAUGGAUUGGGAAGAGGAGAUUUGGGGUUAGGUUUUAUAUAUGUAUAUUUCAUAUGUUAUGAAAAUUGAUAACAAUAGUUUUAGAGUAAAUGAGUAGUGAUUGAUUCAGUGCUUCACUUCAUCACAAAUUAAUUCUCUUCUCACUUUCAAUCUCACUUCAGUUUAUUUGGACUAUAGGUAGGGCUCUCACCCUAAAACCAACAACAAAUAACAUUUGUGUCAAA